AUGAGUUACGGCUACGGCUACAACUAUAAUUACCCUGUCCCUAGUGGUAGGACACAAAUUAAUUGGGGCAAUGUACAGUUUUCCAAUUUCUCAAACAUUCAGUAUUCACAACCCGAAAUAUCAGACGCGGAGGAUGAUGUCGAGAAUCCAUACCAAGGUGGGGAUGCGUACUCACAAGGACUUCCAAGAGUGCCAGUGGCACCCUCAUCACCAACAUUAUCAAAGAAGGAUAAAAAGAAACUGAAGAAGCAGAAAGACAAGGCAGCAGCAGCAGCCGCUGAACAAGCAGCUUUCAUGCCAACCCCACCUCCACCUCCACCUCCACCCCCAUCACAAGAACCUCCUGCACAAGAUGAGCCGUCAGCAGCCUCAUCAAGUAGGAAGAAGAGCAAGAAGAGUAAGAGAAAAGACUCAAAGUCGCUACCAGAAGCUCCCCCUAUACCAAUUACCCCAUCUCCGAUUGCCGAGGAGAGCAAGGAGCCGGAGAAGGUAGAGGAGGAGAAGGAGGCAGAGGCAAAGACUGACGAACCUGAAACGGCCGGAACACAGGACAGCGCCGAUACCAAGGGUGAAUUAGUUGCAGAGGACGAGGCUGCUGAUGAGGAGGCACCCAUACCAGAGGCGGCGUCCAAAGAGGACGAACCAGCCAAAGACACCAAAGACGAUGAAGCUCACAAGGAGGAAGCACCCGCUGGAGAGCCACCCGUAAAGGAAGAUGCAGCUUCGGACGAGACACCGGCCUCUGAGGAGGCUGCUCAAGCUCCAGCUCCAGCUCAGAACGACACAGUCGGCAAGGAGGAUGCAUCUCAGGAAAACACUGUCAAAGAAGACGAGAAGCCUACAGACGAAGUUCCCACGGCAGAGACACCAGCAGCUGAAGCCCCCACCAGCGAAGAGGCUCCCCCAAAGGAAGAAAAGGCAACUGAGCCCGAGGCAGUUGACAUUCCGGAAAAGGGUAGCGACAACGAUGAUGAUGAACCUUCAAUGGCUGAUGAACCUAAAUCCCCAAGCAAGAGCCAGAAGAAGAAGAAGAAGGAAAAGGAGAAGAAAGAGAAGGAAAAGAAGGAGAAAAAGGAGAAAGAGGAAAAAGACAAGAAGAAAGCAGCUGCAAAGUCUGAGAAAUCCCAUCAUCACAAGUCAAAACACUCACACUCUUCGUCAAAGGAGGUUGGCUCUUCCAAAGACAAAGCCUCCGACUCACAGCCUGCUGCUAAGGACAAGCAAGAUGAGGUAACUGCGCCGGCUGAGCCAAAGGCAGAGGAAACUAAAACUUUCGAGCCCGAAGCGGAGGCCCAGCCAGUGGAAGAGACAUUAACUCCUUUAGAACCCCCGAAGGACGAAGCCCCUUCAGAAGAACCAGCGCCUGUCGAGGAACCAGAGUCCACUGAAGAGCCAACGCCUGUCGAGGAAUCAACGCCUGUCGAGGAACCAAAAACUGUGGAAGAAUCAGCACCUGAGGAACCAAAGCCUUCAGAAGAGCCAAAGGCCGAUGAGCAACCAGAGCCUGCCGAAGAGCCAACGCCUGUCGAGGAACCAGAGUCUUCAAAAGAGCCAACGUCUACUGAGGAGUCAGCACCUGCCGAAGAGGCAAAGCCAGUUGAAGAAUCAAAACCUGCCGAAGAACCAAAAACUGUGGAAGAGUUAGCGCCUACCGAAGAGCCCAAGCCUUCCGAGGAGCCAGCACCUGCUGAAGAGUCAACGCCUGCUGAGCAACCAGAGUCGGCCGAGGAAUCAAAAACUAUAGAGGGACCCUCAACAAAAGAAGGCGAUUCUGCAAAAGAGCCAAAACCUGCUGAGGAUCCAGCACCUGUCGACGAGCCAACGCCUGCUGAGGAACCAAAAGUGGAGGAACCCUCGACAAAGGAAGACAAUGCCGUAGAAGAGCCAAAGACUGCGAGUGAGGCUUCAGCAGUGAACAAGUCUGACGAAGCCGAACCUGGGCCCAAGCCUACAGACGAAGUGCCACUUUCAUCAAAAGCCCCAGCUCUAGCCGAAGAGUCAGAUCCUGUAGAUGAAUCCCCAACUGAAGAUAAAUCAGCAGAAGAGCCCUCGUCUGCGUCUGCCGUGGAAGAGGUAUCUCCUGAGGCUGUUGGAGCAGAGAAUGACGCUAAGACACUUGAAGCUGCGCAAGAGCCUGAAACGGCAGAUAAUCCCAAGCCUGAGGAAGACAAACCAGUGGACCCAGGUGAAGUUACCACCUCUGAAGCGCCUCCAGAGCCUGAGAAAGCCCCUGCUACGACCGAAAUCGACAAUGCCUCUGAGGAAGUAUCCGUUAAGGACACAGAAGACGAGCCCAAAGGCAAGCUAGUCGAGAGUGACGAGGCACUGUCAGCGCCAGAAGAAGCCCCUUCUUCAGAUGACAAGGCCGAUAAAAAACCUACCGAAGCUGAGCAAUCUAGUGAUCCAGAGAAGACAGAAUCUAGCGACAAGGACGACGCUCAGGUGCCUACGGAAGAUAAAAAGGACGUAGAGGACGAGAAGCCAGCUGUUUCUACCGACAGUAAAGAAUCUUCUCCUGCAGAAGAAGCCGAAAAGGACGACGACACUAUCGCUGCUCCAUCUGAGAAGGAUAAUGCUGAAGACACAGACAACGUGCCGGUUGAGAAGGAGACGCCAAUCCCUGAUGUUGUACAUUCGGAGGCGGGCAAGGCGGCUGGCGACGAGACAGUCGUAGAACAGGUGCCGGGGGCAGAGUCUGCCAAGGAAGAGGCCCCCAAGGAAGAGGCCCCUUCCACGGACGUCGCCCAGACAGAAGAUAUAACUGCUUCAACUUCAAAGAAGAACAAGAAGAAAAAGAAGAAGAAGGGCAGCAAGAGUGGUAUUGAGAUACCAGUCACAACUGAGCCAGCAGUUGCCCCUCCUGAUGAAGCAGCUGCCGAAGUCACGACUGAGCCUACUGUCGAGCCAGAAGCUACUGUUGAACCUGUAGUUUCUGAAAAGGCCCCUCCUGAUGAAUCAACUUCUGAGCCUGAGACUUCUACCGAGAUCAAGUUUGAUAACCCAGCUACUGAAUCUGCUACCAAACCCGAAACUGCCGAAAAGGCUCUCCCCAACGAAUCAACUCCGGGGCCGGAGCCCGAGACUACUGCUGAUCCUGAAGCUCCUUCCGAUAAAUCUACUGUCAAACCUGCUACUGAACCUGAAGUAGUUGAGAAGAUUGUUGAGACUGCUGCUAAGCCCGAGACUGCUGCUGAUCCUGAAGUAGUCGAGAAGGCCACCGUUAAACCAGUUUCUGAGCCAGAGGCUGCUAAGUUUGAAUCUGACAACCCCAUUGCUGAACCCACCGCUGAGCCCGAAGUUACGGAAAAGGCAGUCGUAGACGAACCAGCUCCAGAGCCUAAGAUUGAGACCGUUGCUGAGGUUAAAGCCCCUGUCAACCCUGAGCCUGCUUUGGACAAGCCUCCCACCGAACCUACUACCGAGCCUGAGGUUGCCGACAAGGCCGUUGAGCCAGUUUCUGAACCUGAAGUUGUUGAGAACGCCGCCUCAGACGAACCACCUUCCGCUCCCGAGACUGCAUCUGACCAGCCAGUAACUGAACCUGCCGCUGAACCUGCCGCUGAACCUGCCGCUGAACCUGCCGCUGAACCUACUGUCGAGACCGAGGCAGACUCCGAUAAGCAAGCUACUGAACUAGCACCUGAUGCGCCUUCUACGGAACUCAAGCCAACUGCUGAGCCCAAAGCUGCCGAGAACACUGCCUUAGACGAGCCGCCUUCCGCCUCCGAGACCAAGUCCGCCUCUGACAAGCAAUCAGCAGUCGAGCCUGUGCCGACCACUGAAUCAGCGGCCGAACCUGCCUCCAAAUCCGAACCAGCUCCUAAGUCUGAGUCUUCUACAGAAUCGGAAUUUACUGCUGAAUCAGUAAAAGAGACUGUCGAGGCUAUUGCUAAGUCACAAAUCGACGUGGAACCUGAACAAGUGGAUGCGCCUAAAGAUGAUUCUUCUGAAGAUGAGGACUCGUCCGAGGCAGAGUCGGGUGUCGAGCCAGAUAAAGCCGCGCCUGUGGAGGUUGUCAACAACAAAGACGUUGACGAUUCGGACACAGAGAGCCUCGGAGGCAAAUCGACUGAACUUGCUACAAGUGCUGAUAGUGAAGUGGAUUCCGCCAAACCAUCUACAGAAGAAAUGCCCAAAGAAACCGAGGAGGAGCUACCACCAUUGGAAAAGAAGGGCGAAUCUCAGAAGGCCCCGGCAGAGGCCGAAGUAUCCAUUUCGGCCGCCGAGCCCGAGAAGGAUGAUGUCGAGGUUUCGAAACCGAAAGCUGCAGCCACCGAAGAUAAAGACAGUGCUGCUGUGGCAAACCCGAGUGAUUCGGAAACAACAUCUGAGAGUGAAGAUGAUGAAGAUGAGGAUUCCGAUUCUGAACAUCAACCAGAAGAAAGUGACAAAGCCACAGACACGUCCCCUGUCAAGAUUACAGAACAAGAACCAGCUCUUGCAGAGAACGACGCACUAGACCCGGUGAUAGAAGAUGACUCUGAGUCUCUGAUCACGGAAUCAACUGAUGAUAAGAAGGAUGAGCCUUCGCCUCCUGAGAUCUCUGCAGAGAAAGUCGAUACAUCUGCUGCUCCUUCCAAUGAAGAAACAGCUGAGAUAUUGCCAACAAAAUCAGUAGAUGAUACCGAAGUAGUGGAAUCAGCUGAUACUGUUGACGAGAAGGACCCAGAGUCCACAGCAGAAAAGUCUGAUGCACCUCAUGCGAAGCCAGAGCCUACUGUUAAGGAAGGAGCAGCAGAUAUUGAUCCCGCUGAGGGCGAUACUUCUGGUGAUUCUGCUUCUGAGGACAGUGAUGACGACGAUACUAUUGUGUCUACUGCAGACAAAGCCGUCGAUGCAGAAACAUCGCAAAUGUCUGUCAAGCUGGAAGAUGAUUCACCAUUAAACGACAAGACCUCACACAUUCCUGAUGCUUCAGACACAGAUGCGGCAAACACCCAGGUCGAUAGCGAAAAUAGCAAGGAUUCAGUUGUUGAAGCAAAGGUUGCUGUACAGGAACCACUCGAUGAGGUUGUACAAGACAAAUCCGUGAUCGACAACGAAGUGUCCAAGGAGCCUGAAAGCAACGACGUACCUACACCCCACACCGAUGCUGAGGAAACCCAAGAACCAGUAGCCUCUGGCGCAGACGAAAGCAAACCGGAGGAAAGUCCACUCGCUUCUACGAAAGAAACAACAGAGCUAGUCGAACCUGUCGCUGAGGAGGAAGCCAAGCAGCCAAUUGACGAGGCGACAGGACAGGACGAGAAACCUAAAACUGAAUUGCCGCCUUUGGAUUGCAAGCCGACUGACGAUGAACUUACUUCGGACAACAAGGACUUGGGAGCGACACAGUCUGCACAGCAGACAGCUGAAGAUGCUGGACUUUCCGACAAGGAUCCCGCAGAUGAAGUCCCCGUAGUUGACGACAAGCAAGAGACACCGGAUGGUUCUGUAGCGAGCAAGCCAGAAGAAGUAGAUGAUGCGACCUCGGAGGAGAAGCCAGCUGCCGAAACACCUGUAGAUACCGAAAACAUACAGGAUGUAGCUGAAACUUCCGGUGAGAAGCCGACAGCACCAGAAGUCACACCUUCGACUAGCAAAAAACCAGAGGAAACGCCUGCAGUGGGUGUUGAUUUAGGAGAAAGCGAAGCACCAGGUGCCACACCCGAAGGCGCAACUCACCCCGAUGGCGUGACAGAACAAAUAGUGACCGAGCUUUCUGAUAAGGAACUGGAUGCCCCUGCUCCUGCACCUGAAGAUGGCGAAGCUAAGGAGGCGGACAAGACUGCUGAACAAGAGCCAGCUGCAGAGUCACCAGCGAUAGAUGAGAGGCCAGAAGAAACAGCUCAAGCAUCUGAUGAUAAUUCAGAGCCACUGGCAGCCCCUAGCGAUGAGCCAAAGGAAUCAGGUGCCCCUGAGGCCGAGCCAGCAGAGGAGCCUACGGUAGCUGGUGAUAGUUCGAAGGAACUUGAGGUCUCUGAGGCUGAGGCUGAGCCUGUUGUUGAGGCUCCCGAGCGAGACAAAGAGCCAGAAGCAGAGGCAGAGGCCGAACCCGUGAAAGAUGCAUCGGUGUCCGAAGAGAAACUGGCCGAGGAAGAACAGACGGCUCCAGCUCAAGAAGAGCCACAGGAAGGCUCCGCACCAGCUGACGAGACACUAGAGGAAGAAAACAAACCUGCCGAAGAGGAGCAUACCGAAGCUCCUGCAACCUCUGACGACAAGGCAGGCGACGAUGCCAAGCCAGCAGAAGAACCACCUGCAUCCGCACCUGUAGCUGAAGACGAGCUCAAUCAGCCACUGCCCAUCGCUGCCCAGGAAGAAUCCAAGGAGAUUGCUACGGCUGACGAAGUUACGGAAGAGACUCUAAUAGCAGAACCUGUGCCUGCUUCUGAAGAGCCCCCGGCCGGUGACAUAGUCUCUACUGAUGACAAAGCAGUCGCUGAUCCCCAAAACACCGACGAAAUAGCGACAGCAGCAGCACAGGAACCUUGUCCACCAGAAGGAGAGGGUGAAGCAAAACUUGCAGAAGAAGCACCAGCUCCGGAGCCCGAGGAUACCAUCGUCAAACCUGUUGAUGACUCUGCUGAUGUACCUCCUGCCGAAGCAGAAAAGAAGGAAGACGAGCUAGUGAAAGCCGCCACCAAAGAAGAUACGAGGGCGAAAGAAGAUGAAGAGAGCAAGGACACUCUCGGACCAAUUCCAAGGACCAAGAGACCGAUCAAAAAAGGUGAGGAAAAUGGUUCAUUACAAAAUACCCCUUUUGAUUUUGCACAAAACUAUGGAAAUUCUACGGAGUUGAAUGAAGAGAUGGAUCACGGCGCUUUAGAGUUGCUUUCAAAUGAUACCCAGGAACUUCCAGAAAGUCAACGCUACAAACUCAAGAGCCGGUCAUCAAUGACUGAAGCGCCGGGCGACCAGAAUAACCAAACUGCCACAGGAAUCACGAUGCCAGGACUACAAGAAACUCAAUUAGCGGUGGACGAAGACCCACAAGAUCGAGUCUUGAAUAAGACUCUGGAUCUUGAUCUCCAGGAUGGCGAUCUGGUUGAGAGCCACCCAGCCACCAGCAACGCUAGAGAGCCCACACCUGGCGCUCCACACGAGCAGGGUAUUUCAGGCCAAUCGGAAGACGCUGUCAAGGAAAUUGACCCUGUAAACGUCGACUCAAUUGCUACCGCGACUCCCCAGCCUCUGCCUCUGCAGCCCGAGACGACUGAGACACUUACUGGGGAAUCAGACUCAGAGCCAUCUUACAAUACUCAUGAUGGCAAUGAGAAGUCUGAGAGAAUGGAUUCAUAUUUUCCAGUCACAAUUGCUCGCAGCGCAUCAUCAGUAUCGGCUUCGGUAGUUUCUGAUCAAGAUUCAGAAAUUUCGGCGUCUUCGCGCACAGCGGCCGAAAAGUCUCAAAUACAUCCUCUCGACAGCAAAGACAGUAUCGGCCAUGCCGAACCAGACGCGAACAACUCACCAUCAGGGCUAUUGCAGCCUACCAAUACACUGGAUCUUACUCACCAACCCAAAAUUCUGGAAACCGACUUCGGCCAUGUACUGCAGACAUCCCGAGGACUAUCCCAGGAGCCUGAGGCGAGCGUUGCAGAACCCGAUGAGCAAGACUCAGACUCUGGUCUAUCGGAGAAUGAAUCCAUUGAGGAUGACGAGUCAGAAUUAGAGGAGCCGCUCGCGAUCCAUAACCGAAUCCCGGAGCAGCCACAGGUGACUGAGCCAGCCGAAAGUCGAGAAGACGACACAGUCCCGCAAGAUGGCCCCAAACAUGACGGGCUUGGUUCAAGAACAGAAACAGCCAUUGAAAGACAGGCGAGUGACGUUGCAUCUAAUGUCAGCUCACUAGAUGAGUCUGAAGAUGACGACCAUGAAGCGUCCAGGUCUAUCAAUGGACGAUCCUCUCCUGUACCCGCCAGUUCCGUCGAUGUUCAUUACAAGGAUUCUCACCAAGAUGUCGACUCAGAUGACGAUACAGACGAUAACGUCAGCAAUGUUGACCGACAGAGUGCUACUUUUCGACGCUCCUCAAUUGAUCUGUCAUCUGAUCCUGUUAUCAAGCGGGACCUCGAGGUUCAGGAUAACGACGUUUCCUAUGAACUACGUGGGCCAGCUUCGGAGCAAGAUGAAACCGUUGGAGAGACCAUGGCGCUCAAGAACAACGAUACCGACUCUGAUGAUGAUUCUGACGAUGGUUCUGAUGAUGGUUCUGAAGCUUCUGAAGCCGAGAAAUCUGAAGUUAGCAACGAACUUGAGCAAACAAGAGAUCCUACCGAAGAACGUGGCUUGGGUCCGGAGCUGGACAGACCUGCUCUCGCCAUCGAUCAUGAUCCAUCAGUCGAUGCUGUAUCGGCCGCUGUCAAAGAGGACGAUGAUUCUACGUCAGAUGAAGAUGACGAUGAAGAUCCCGAACAUGCUCCACCCAGUUCUGGACGCUGGGACACUGAAAUGGCUUUGGAUGGCUCACAAGUCGAAACAGUCGAGGUAAAUCUUGAUGGAGAUGAUGACGACGACGAUGAUGAGUCCGAUUCAGACCAAGGAAGUCAAAUCAUUGACAGAGGUAAUUCGCCCACACCGGAACCAACUUUCGUUUCAAAUCCAACAAUCGCCGAGCAUCAAUCUCAACCAGGCGAUGAAGCUCCACUUGAACCUCUCGCACCAGCUUCACCGGCCGCACAUCAAACAAAGCCCUCAGAAUCAUUGGAUCAUGCCGCAGUCGAAGAUGAGGAACAAGAUCUUUCUGACUCAGCUUCCUCGGUGCCCACAGAACCAGACACAAUAGGGAAAGAGGUUUUAGAUCACCAUUCUCGCUCGCAUUCCCCGAACCCCGAUCUUCUACAAUCUACACCCAAGAAUAUUCUCCUAGAACCUUCAGCUCCUGCCCAAGAUGAAGCCACUACGAAACUCGAUGAGUCUGCUGCUAUACCAAGAUCUCCAUCACCUGAGUCAGUAGUUGAGAAACAAACCAACGAGGUUCCAGUUCCCGAUGCAUUGCAAGAGCUCUCCGAGGCAGGCACCGAGUCCGAAGAUGACGAGGAGGAGAAUGCACCCCAGGCGCGAGAUCCUUCUUCACAUUCAAUUGUCCUCAAUCAAGAAAACGAUUCGGAUUCGGAUUCUGAUGCUGAUGAUGAAUCUGAACACGACGAGCCAACACCUUCUGUACUGCCGGAAAUCCUGUCAACUGAUGCUAAACUUUCAUCUGAAAGACUGAUAAUGUCCCCUGGUGCCGCCCAAAACCUUGCAGCCCUGAAUGAUGAUGAACCUUUGCAAAAUGAGUUGGAAGACCGAGACCCAGAAGUGUCCGACUCUGAGGUGGAUGCAGAGAGCGAACAUAUCACCAGUAUCACCAAAGACGAGAUGGACCAGGAACCCCCAGCGGGAACUGUUACCGAUGAUGAUAGUGACGACGAUACCCAUGUUUCUAGGGAUAUCUCUCCUAUUGGUAUAGACAGGAUCGGUGCAUCGCGUAACCUCGGGCAAGUCACUCAAGUUCCUGGGUCAACCGAGGACACCGAGGAAGAUCAAACAGUACACGAAAAAAAGGGCGGAGGACUGUCGGAUGUUCAACUUCCAGACACGCCCACAGAGGUAACCAGAGCCAUUGGGAACGAGGCGCAUGUUGUCGAUGAAUGGCUGCCCCAGCAGGAAGCGCUCGAUAACAGGCUCUAUGAGGUCAAGACUCCAGACACAGAUGACACUCAGCACUCAGAGCCAAAGCCUGCUCAAGCGGCUGAGAUGAAGUCUGUGGGGCUUAGCCGGCCUGAAAAUGUGGCCGUCAAGGUUGUCGAUAUCCCUUCCCGUGGUAAAGGCAAGGCAGUUGCUGCCAUGCCGGAGACCCCGAAGCGAUCUGGUUCUAAGUCACGUACCCGUUCUUCGUCCCGCAAUGAGCCUCCUCGGACAUUCUUGACCCAACAGCAACGACCACGAAGAUCAUUAAGAGUUCGUCCCGUGACAGAAGUCUACACCAAAGACCCCAUCUUCGUCCCUGCUGUGAGCCGGCCUUCCGAUGCAAAGUAUACACAACGACCUCAGCCACCACGUACUGAAAGUGAGCCAGUCAAAGUUCCAGUGCGUCCUCCGCUCGGUCGCCCUUCUUUGGAGACACAGGGCGAAUCCUCAAGAAUGGCAGCGCAGACAGAGGUCGUCGCCAGGCCCCAUUCUUUCCAGGCCGACGGCGAGCCGUCUAGAGCUCCUUUGAAACACGACCUCAGACACCCGACGGUCACUGUUGAUGAGGGGCUCCGAGAUGCCGCAUUUCGGGCGCCCAUUCCAGCUGGUUCAACUGCAGAGUCUGAAGUCCAAAGACCACCCAGUCCUGGCAUCGUGAUUCCUGAUGCAGAGAUGAUUGAUCUACAGCGAUCUCGCACCUUGAGGCGGACCCGAAAGAAGUCGAUUCAGCAGGCUGAGGAUACACUGGCUGCAGCUGUAGUCAUUUAUGCCACCGCUGAGGCGUUGAGUCCUCCUGGCAGCCCAUCGCCUUUCGAUCACUUCAGGGGCAGAGAUGUACCUAAUCUGGAACAUCAAAUGAAUACAGAACCUAAUGACUACAACUUCCCAGUCGUUUCUACACCACGGGGAAGCUUUGAGGAUGAACUCGAUGAGUUUCACAAGUCUAAUGCUGACUUGUUUGCAGACGACAGGAGCAGAGAAUCUGACUCGUCGCGCAGCGAUAGAGACAGAGACAGACACCGCAGGCGCCGGCACUCACAUGCGUCACAACGCUCUGACGGCAGCCGAGGUGAAGAAGAACGAGAGCGAAGACAUCGCACCGAUGAAGAGAGGCGAGCUCAUCGAUCUCGAGACGAAGAUGAGAGCCGCCGUCGCCGACAUUCUUAUCGCGAUGAUGAAUCUCGGUAUCAUCGUCACCGUGACGAAGAAGAAAUGCCACCUCGUGACUCGCGUGGCGAGGCCGAUGCCAAGUCUAGAAGUUCCCGUGGAUCUGAAGAAUCGAAAAUCAAGGGCUAUCGUCGCGACGAAGACUUGCGACCACGCGAAUCCCGCAAGGUUGAAGAGCCUGCUUCACGUAGCCUCCCUCAAGAAGACGAGGGCCGAGAGCGCAGAAAGCGAUCUUCUUAUGCUCACCGUCGCCAUCGAGCCGACACGGCUGAGUCAGGGUUGCCCGACACGUCUCCCAGAACACCCAGACGAGACAGUGGUUUCUCUGCAGAUAACAAUUCUGGAAGUUCUGGCAGUUCUGGUCACAAACGUCGAACCGCAGAUGAGCAGGCCGCCCACGAUAGACGCAAAGCAGAAAAGUCAGAACGACGAACACGGGAGGAAACCAGCCGAAGACGUGAGCCCCCACGCUACCGUGAGUCACGACAAGAAGAAAAGGAUAAAGAGAGGGAGAGGGAAAGGCGAAGCAAGGGCAAAGAGCCCGCACGUGAGCCAGAACCCGAACGUGAGCCAUUCCCAGAGCUAGAGCCCCAGCCAGAGCCCGAGGGAGAACGACACCACCGGUCACGUCGACAAAGCCAUUCCGGUAGGCCUCGGCACGAAGAGCACAGGGAACGCACACGCGAAGAAUCAGUUUCACCUGACAAGAAGCUAUUUACCGCCAAGAACUCUGAACGCGUAUUGGAUGCUACUCCCCCACCUCACGAGGAGGUCCCUGUUGCAGAGCCGGUCAGAGAACGCACAAGAGAUGCCCCGCCAGAGGACUCGCCUAAACGUUCCUCGACACGACAUAGACGUAGUACUCAGCCUUCCGCCGAAGAGCCACGUCCUCGAUCAUCACGCCGUCCACGUGAUGACCCUGCCCCUGAACCAGCGCGGGAGAAGGAUAGGGACCGAGAGAGGACGAGAGACAAGGAGAGAACGAGAGAUGGAGAGAAAGAGCCCCGGCCCGUCAAGCAUGUCAGAAUGGACACGGAGGACACCCGCCGCAAAGCGCGACACGAAGAGCGACGCAGGGCACAAACAAGGGAUGACGACAGGAAGCCAUCGGGCAUCAAGGGUGCGUUCAAGAAACUUUUCAGCAAGUCUUGA